CCCACCGGGGUUGCCAUGGCGGCGCUGGCGCUGCGCGUGGUGGCCGAGUGCGGGCAGAGCCGGGCCCGGGCCUGCGAGCUGCGGCUGCCGCACGGCCGCGUGGAGUGCCCGGUCUUCAUGCCGGUGGGCACGCAGGGCGCCCUGAAGGGCCUCACCGCCGCCCAGCUGGACGCCCUGGGGUGCCGCCUCUGCCUGGGCAACACCUACCACCUGGGCAUGCGCCCCGGCCCGGAGCUCGUUCGGGCGGCCGGGGGGCUGCACGGCUUCAUGAGGUGGCCGCGCAAUCUGCUGACGGACAGUGGAGGAUUCCAGAUGGUAUCAUUGGUGGAACUCUCUGAGGUGAGAGAGGAGGGCGUGCUCUUCCGUUCUCCCUACGAUGGCAAGGAGAUCCUGCUGACUCCGGAGAAAUCCAUUGAAAUACAGAAUGCUCUUGGCUCUGACAUCAUGAUGCAGUUGGAUGACGUGGUCAGCAGCACAGUUAGUGGCCCCCGUGUUGAGGAUGCCAUGUUCAGAUCCAUUCGCUGGCUAGACAGAUGUAUCGCAGCUCAUAGUACGCCUGGCCAGCAGAAUCUGUUUGCCAUUAUUCAAGGUGGGCUGGAUCCCGCCCUCCGAACCAAGUGUCUAGAAGAAAUGACCAAACGGGAGGUGCCCGGCUUUGCCAUUGGAGGCUUGAGUGGUGGUGAAGCCAAGGAUCACUUCUGGAGGAUGGUGGCCCUCAGCACGAGUCGUCUUCCCAAGGACAAGCCUCGCUAUCUUAUGGGCGUUGGCUAUGCUACGGACCUGGUGGUGUGCGUGGCCUUGGGCUGUGACAUGUUUGACUGUGUCUUCCCAACAAGGACUGCACGCUUCGGUUCAGCCCUGGUCUCCUCAGGCUCCCUACAGCUGAAGCACAAAAAGUAUGCCAAGGACUUCAAGCCUAUCGAUGAAACCUGUGGCUGCCCCACUUGCCGGAGAUACAGCCGAGCUUUUUUGCACGCCCUUUUCCACAAUGACACAGCUGCCAUGCACCAUGUUACUGUUCAUAAUAUUGCCUACCAGUUGAACCUGAUGCGUUUGAUGCGGGAGAGCAUUAUGGAGCAGAGGUUUCCAGAGUUUGUCCAGGAUUUCAUGAAGACCAUGUAUGGCAACAAAGGCAGCUACCCACUGUGGGCCAAGGAAGCCCUGGCUUCAGUUGGCAUUACUCUGGAGUAAGAGGUACCCUUGCCAGCAAGCAACCCCCAUACUUGCGAGCCAGCAGAAGGCGCUCCACUCCCUGAGGACUCUGAGGUCUUUUCUCCUGUGACUGCUGGUUUUCUGGGGUGCCUCUCCUGACCAGCAUUUCUUCCCACAAAAAGAGUUUGGACCAGCAUCUUACUGAAGACCUCAUUCUUUCCAAGGAUUUCUGGAGAGUGAGGAGAUGCUCCCUCUGGCUGUUGAUCUGCAGUGGUUACACAUCUUGUUGGAGAUUCUCAGUGCUUAAAUUGAGCUGUCUGGGAAAUUCUUGUUUUACAUUUUAUUUUUUAUACUUUUUAUAUAAAAUGUAAUCCAGUUUCUAACCA